CGCACGCUCGCUGCUCUCCGCGUCUGGCUCGCACGCCGCUGUCACCGCCGUCGCCGGGUCGCUGCCUCCCGUUCUCUCGGCUGGUCUCGCAGGACGCUCUCUCCUGACGAAGGGAUAUUAGAAAUGAAAAUAAGCCUCCAUUAUAUCUGAUCAGUGAUGCAAGACGGGAAUCGAGACACGCAGGAGAGGAAGAAGUGCAGAGAGAGGCUGUGAGGGAAGAGAUCCUAAGGGCGCCGCGGGGUUCCUGUAGGAGAUGAAGACGCCCCAGGAAGAGGAAGAAAAGGCGAAGGUCCUGUUCUAAAACUCUCUCUCUCUCCUAUUCUGACGAUUUUUUUUCCCCUUUACCGCGGGAGGAGGAAAAUAUAACGAAACGAGUCAGGGAAAAAAAAUUGAGGAAAAGAUGUAUAAAGAACUGAAACAGAGGGAUUAAAAAGAUAAACGAAAGAAGAAAUGUGGUAAAAAAGGGAACAGCUGGAAUCGGAGGCAAACCGUUUGGUUUUAUUUAUUGAAUUCGUCACAAGUGAUCAGUUCCAGACGAGAGACAGGAAUAGAAGUGAAUAGAGAAGAAAACGAGAUAAAGAAAAGAAAAUACGAAAAUUACAUAUACGAAUUACACAGAAAGAGAGAAAGAGAGAUAAAGAAAGAGACUGAAAAAGAACAAGAGCAUAGAUGGGGCGAACAGAAAACAUAAAACACGUCGACCAACUACAUGCUCCGGGAGUAAGUGAAAUGUGGAGUUCAAUCCCGGAGACUUUUCCCACAAGGACUUGCAGCAGCCUCACUUCCCGCGACCAAAUGAUGGGCAGAAAAGGAGACGAAGAAGAACGAAGAGGAAAACAGAAGGGGGGAGAAGGAGGAACGAAAAACGGGCUAAGAAACCUGUGCGUGGAGAAUGACAUGUGUGAAGUGAUAAAAGACGAGAAAUGUAAUGACCAACACAGAAGUGAUAUAUCGCAGUGUAUAUUAGGCCGCCAUCGUGUAGUGUUAAAUGAGGUUAAGAGUGAACCUUUGAUGAACAUGACGAAAGUGCUUGGUGCCUCCACCCCGUCACCAUCAUCACCAUCACCAUCACCAUCCGCUCACAAUCACAGCCUUUGUUCUCAUAGUGGUGCCGAACCAAGAGCCUCUCACGGAGACGACCUCCUCCUUCAAGAAAGAAAGGGUCGUCCUCAAGAGAGACCUUCGCUUUAUCGUCUCCCUAGCACGACGAGGACGACUACGACCACGACCUCCUCUCUCUGGUCGCCGACGCUAAUCUUCGUCCUGGUCGUUGGUGUUUUUGUGCCUAAGGCCCUCGCUCUGCCCGCCGUCAUCAGAAUAGGUGAGUGUUGA